AUGUCAACCGCAAUCAGCCCCCGCGGCUCUCUUCUGCAGAGGAUGCCCACAGCGGACUCCUCCCCCUCCUCUUCUGCGCCCUCGACCUCGGCGUCACCCUCGGAUACGCCCAGACAGUCCCCUUCCUCGACGUCGUUGUCAUCUCUUGGGUCCGUCGAUGAGCCAGUGGUGAAAAACUCGCGUGGUGUGCUCCUUGACACCUACGGGAACGAGUUCGAGAUUCCCGACUAUACGAUCAAGCAGAUCCGCGAUGCUAUCCCGGCCCACUGCUUCGAACGUUCUGGUGCCCGUGGCCUGGCCUACGUGGCCCGCGAUGUGGCCAGCCUCGCAGCGACCUUCUACAUCUUCCACAACUAUGUGACCCCGGAGACGAUCUCCUCUACUCCCAUCCGAGCCAGCCUCUGGGCGUUGUAUACCGUUAUUCAGGGUCUUUUCGGUACGGGUUUGUGGGUGCUGGCUCACGAGUGCGGCCAUCAAUCGUUCUCGCCGUCGAAGACGCUCAAUGACACCGUCGGCUGGGUCUGCCACUCCGCACUGCUUGUACCGUACUUCUCGUGGAAGAUCUCCCACGGCAAGCACCACAAGGCGACCGGUAAUAUGGAGCGUGACAUGGUUUUCGUACCGAAGACGAGGGAGGAGUAUGCGUCCCGCAUCGGCAAGCUGAGCCACGAGCUCUCGGAGCUGAUGGAGGAGACACCGAUCGCCACUGCUACCCAUAUGAUCGGCCAACAGCUCGGUGGCUGGCUCAUGUACCUGGUUUCCAACGUUACCGGCCACAACAACCACCACAAGCAGAUCGAAGGAAAAGGAGUCGGCAAGAAAAACGGCUUCCUUAACGGCGUCAACCACUUCAACCCUUCAAGCCCUCUGUACGAGAAGAAGGAUGAGCACCUGAUCCUGCUGAGCGACCUUGGCCUUGCCAUCACCGCGACCGUCCUCUUCUUCAUCGGCAAGAACUUCGGCUGGUCCAACCUCUUCGUCUGGUACUUCAUCCCGUACCUCUGGGUCAACCACUGGCUAGUCGCCAUCACCUUCCUCCAGCAUACGGACCCAACCCUCCCGCACUACGACGCCAACACCUGGACCUUCACCCGUGGCGCCGCCGCAACCAUCGACCGUGAAUUCGGUUUCAUCGGCCGCCACCUUCUCCACGGCAUCAUUGAAACCCACGUCCUACACCACUAUAUCUCCACCAUCCCGUUCUACAACGCCGACGAAGCCACUGAGGCGAUCAAGCCCAUCAUGGGCAAGCACUACCGCGCAAACGUCGAAGGCGGCUCAUUCGGUUUCCUGAAGAGCAUGUGGACCAGCGCGAGGAUGUGCCACUGGGUUGAGCCGAGCGAGGGUGCCGAGGGUGAGGGGAAGGGCGUCUUCUUCUUCCGCAAUCGCAACAGCCUGGGUACGAAGCCUGUCAAGCUCGAGGCACCCAGCAGCAAGGAUGAGUAG